CGCGUUUUAAACUUCCUGAUUGUGCACUUCAUUUGUAGGAUCAUUUGUCAUAGUUUAUGAACAAAAGUAUAUGCAGUCAUGUUGAAUCAAAACUUACAGUUGAUACUGGUUGUGUAUUGGAUAACAAACUUAGCUAUGGGUGUAACGUUGUCAGGGAACGGUACAUCCGGAGGUUUCACAGUCCAGGAGAACUCAUCCCUGCAGCUGACGUGCUCUACGUCUACCGAUGUGAACUAUGUUUCGUAUAAUGUAAGGCUAUUGUCAUUAACUAAAAUAAUAACCGCGGUAGGGUUCGGCCCAUUAGGCUGUGCCACCGACCCCGCACCGCCAUCCUACCUUAGCUGUUCCUGUGUUAGUCGAAGGGAGUACGUCUGUGUAAUCCGGACCGUCACCAGAAACAUGAACGGGGACGUUUGGUUCUGUUUACCUCCAGCAGGUGAUUCAAACGACAACAGUGGUGACAAAACAAUCGUCGUUACAAUCGGCAUAACUGCGGUGUCUAUGGAUUUCCCGGCGGUCCGUUCCCUCUCUGUCAUAGACAACACGGCAAGGCAAUUCCGGUGUGCGACAUCUGUCGGAAACCCCCAGGCCAUCGUCGAGUGGUACAAGGAUAACGGUACACCGAACAGAGCGGAUGACACGGAAAUUACUACCGGGAAGGAAACAUACCCCAUCCCAAGUGGUUCUCUGAUUGUGACUAUCGGUAAACUGACGUUGACUGUGCAGAGAAACGAUCAUGAGGUGGGCGUUUACUGCAGGGCGAACAACGGCGGGGACUGGGUAUACUCCGUCAGCGUUUUCUUAGAUGUUCAGUAUGAACCGUCAACUCCGAAAGUAUCGUACAAGAAUGCCGAUGUUACCUCCCAAGUGCGGGUAAUAUCUGGACGUCCUCUAACACUUACCUGUAGCAGCACGGGGAACCCACCCCCCACUUACAUCUGGACGUACCCUGAUGGAGACUCACAUAGUGGACCCACGCUCCAACUGGCCAGCGUGCUGCAAACACACACCGGAGGUGUUACAUGUACAGCCAUGAACACGUUGUCACCUACUGGAGGGACGGCGGUUGAUAAGACAAGAGCAAAAACCAUCACUCUUCAAGUUCUAUGUAAGUGAGACUUAGUGCAACAAAACAGUGUACUAUACGAUAGAAAACAUGUGCAUGUCCAUAUAAACAUUCUAUAACAAUAACUGUGUACUAACCGUGCUUCUUUAAUUAAAAAUAUAGUAACAUGUAUUCGUUUAAACUGCAUUUUCGGACAUUUAUAUUACAACUGAAUAUGGGCAAUAUCUAUCUCACCUCUUCAAACAAUUGCAUACUUUAAAAUGUAUUCAACUUUCUGACCGGAACUUUGAUAUCAAAAGCAUACUUUAAUAAAGAUCAAGCGAUGUUAUGGUGUGUUGUAUAUAAUAUAUAUUUUCACUUAUAAAUGUUUUGUUUUUUUGUCAUGAAAUAUUCGAAGUUGAAGUUGCUGUAUAAGAAAACGUG